AUGAUUCUAAUAUUUAUUUAUAUUGGAUUAGUAAUUACUAAAGAAUUAGGUGCCCUGCUUGAAACUGUGAAAAACAAUGAAUACAGCAUGUCUAUCUUAAAGCAAAUGAAAUAGUACUUGAAUGAGAAAAAAUGUAAUCAUACCCAAAAACAGUAUUAGCUCCUUAUGAAAUUCUUGUGUAUAUAAAUGAAGAGGAAGAUAAAUUAGUUUCAGAGAUUAUUGAUGAUAUGAACAACUAUUAAUAAGAAUAAUUAAUAAGUAACUGGUUCUGUUGAUUUAGGUUCAUAAAAAAAGUAAGAAUUAAAAUACCAGAUGAUGCUUACUAAGUUUACUUCAGCAUUGCAAGCAGAUGAAUUACUAUUGUUAUCGAAUGAAGCCAAAUUAUCAGAAGAUAUCAGAAUGCAAAGAGUGGAUCUACUCCUAGAACUGGGACAAGUAAUCCCACAAUUAGAACAAUUGCUUAAAGAUGAAGUAUUGCACAUAUCAUUAACAACAAGUUAACAGCAUUUGAUUUAGAAAACAGUGAACUUGCCUUAUUUCUUGAGAGUUUCAAUGAGUUCAUUCCUUCAAGUCCUCAAAAGUUGAAUGGAUAGAAACAGCAUUUAAAGGAGAACCCUGAAGCCAUUCUCAAAGAAUUCAUAACUACAAAUACUGAUGACUCACCUUUUAACUUACUUAUAAGUAUAGGCUAAUAUAAUUAAUUGCAAGGUUAAAUUUAAUAAAGUCAGGGCAAUGGAAAUAUAAGUGAUGCAGUAUCCAAAAGCAGAGAUCUAGUCAAUGAAAUACAAAAGUCACUACAAUCAACGAUUAAAUCCAAAAAGGAUUUGAUUGAAAAUGUUAAGCAAAGUCUCACUUAAGACAAUGAAUAAUGGAAACUAGAUGUUUUGUAUUACUUUAAUAAUAGAUUGCAUCUAUUGAACCAAUAGCUAAGAUUACUAAAGAGAAGCUAAACUAGUUGUAAAAGCAAAAAGAUGAAUUGUAAGUGAUGUUGAAGCAUUAAUAGACUGAAUUUAAUGAGUUGUAAGAGAACAUCGAUAAUAAUUACGUAAGAUUUAUGUUAUAAUAAAGACAUCCUAUUCAUCAAAGAGAUUGCAAGAUAUGAAUAAUCUAAAUAUCAUAAGAAUGAUUAAGUAGUUCUAUUCUGAACAUUUAGAUGUUCUAGAAGAUUUUAUGAAAUCUAAAAUGCAAUGA